AUGAACGCUUUCGGACCUUUCACGACCGCUACGCCCUCUCUCUCGGCUCUAUUGCCUUCAUCUCUGCGCCGCUCGCCUGCCACGCGCUCUCGCAAGAGCCCUAAUAAGCCCCGCCCGACCACUAUGAACGGUCGCCGGCUGUCAAUCCUUGUCGAGGAGGACGAGGCAUCUGCCUCUGGAUCCUCGCGCGCGCCUUCGCCCAUGCCCAUGCGCGCACCCUCGCCCUCGCCCUCCAUUCCAUCAGUCGGCAAGCGCUACAGCCGCUAUGGAAGGCACAGCAUGUUGGAGCUUCCUUCCGAGGAAGUCGACUUGACGUUCGAGCGCCCGCGCGCGGCCCCGCGUCCACCAGUUGAAUCGGCGGAUCAAUCUGUUCGUUUGAGCGCUUUCGACUUUGACACGGCCAGCCUUCCCGUUUCGACGACCUCUAAGAAGGAGCGCCGGCUCUCGCGUCUUCCUGUCGGAUGCGAAUCUGUUGCAUCUAACACUUCAUCCCCGACGAGUUCCGACUUUUCCGAGUCUGUCACGCCUCCCCGUACUCUGCGCCACAGUUCUGUGCGCCUCAGUGCAUAUGCGUUCGACCUACCAAUUGAUGUGGAGGAUGACUCGGAUGCCUUCUCAGUAGCCAGCUCGAGCGACUACACCACGACCUCGAGCUCUUCCUACGAGCUACCGCUCACUCCUUCGGCAUCCGAUGACGAAUUCCCAGCGCCUCCCUCUCCUCUGCAGGAGAAGAAAAAGAUCGUUCCCGCGGUCCCGAUCCGGCCACUCGUUAUUGUCAAGCAACAGCCUCGCUUCCAGCCCGUCCAGCAUGAUGCUGGCGAGGAUGACGCUACGUGGUACACGCGCGAGCUUGGCUCUCGCUUCGCGCUUGCCUCGCCGACGCUCAAGUCGUCGCCGGGUGCGACCAAACCCUUGCCAGUCAUCCCUCCGGCUGCUCCCGGUCAGCGUACCCCUUCUGCACAGCUUGACCCGACUUUCCUGGCCGCUCGGCCGCCUCUUCCACCCACACCGCCUCCGGCUCGCCUGUCUAUGCGCCGCUCGAAGCGUCUGACGAUCUCCAUUCCACCAAUCCGUCCGCCGCCGACGCGUCCCAUCCCGGCCGACGUCGCCGACAUGGAUGUCUUCGAUUGGGCUCCCACGCCCUCCAAGAGCUCCGGCUUGCUCAGCCCGCCUCGCCUUCCGGAGAGCCCCUUCAGCGCCAGCUCUUCCCGCGCCAUCUUCGCGCCUGAAGAAACCGACAACGAACUCCCACGCAUCGCUCUUGAGACGCCCCCUCUGUCUCCAGCAUUCGCCACCUCGCCAAUCGUCGCGGCCGCCCUUGCGGGCCCGGUGCCCGCGAUCGUCGUAUCCGACUCCACUGAUGCGCUCGAGCCCGCCCCGGAGGCGAUCGCGCUCGCGCAGGACGUGGAAAUGGACGAUGAGGACACGCGUAGUGUUGAUAGCUUCUCGCCGGGCUUGCGCAGCCGCUGGUCUAGCUCGACGCUGUCCAGUGAGUACGAGCGUGGACCGUUGUCGCCUCGCAUGAUUUCUUCCCACUUCAUCCGCAUGGUACGCGCGCGCCGGGGCAGUGCCCCCGCGCCGAAGCCGGUUGUCCCGCGGACACCGUCGCCGCGCGUAUCGAUGGACUCGCUCGCCUUCAGCGAUGGCUCGAGCGACAGUGGCGACAGCAGUGCGAGCUCGGGCUUGCGCCGGAAGCCGAUCCCUGUCGAGAUCUUCAUGCGCUCUUGA